CAAUAAUUGUGAUUGAUCCGAUGAAUCGUCUCAGACUUAAUGAGUAAUUGUCGUCCAUCUUGGUUGAUAAAACACCAUUAGUAUGAGGACUGAGGCGGUUUAGAGGGGUGUUCCUGUAUUGAUGACGGGGUUGGAGGAGGACUAAAGGUCCAUCUGAUAAUCCUAAUCCUGUGGGCUGAAGGAUUAAGUCGCCCCCAGUCCUGCACAGACCCGCAAACUUCCAGGCAGGCGGAUGCUCCAAUUAGCGUCCGUCAGGCUUCGUCAGCGCGGCGCAGAGUGAUUCUGGGCCAGCAGCGGUCCCUGGGAGAGCCACCUCGCCCAGAGAGGAGGAGGAGAAGACACUGCGGUGUAUUUAUAGCUAAAUGAGGCCUCACAACGGCCUUUUUUGGACAGAAUUAUUAAGGAAGUGAGGUGCGCGGUGCAGGCGUCCCAGUUUUCUGAUUACCAGUGUGCAAGCUGGCUAGGCUGAGGAUGAAUCAGGGACUAACUCCCUGACACACUCACAGAGAGACUCACUGCACACUCACCCUCUGCUCAUGACGAAGCGGCUGCGCUCUUAGGGUGGAGGAGCAUCUCCAGCCGCUGACCUGCUCCGCCUGCCUCCGGCCUCCUGGGACGUUUUACAGCUGGACUGACUGACUGACUGACCGGCAGGAUGAAGAAGUUCCUGCAGAAUAAAAAGGGCAGAUACUCGUUCCGGCAAAGCAAACGUGGCCCUCGCUGUCCAUCGAAAGAUUUCUUCCUCAGCAUGCCGGCGUCCAACCAGGGCUGGCCCGAGGACUUCGGCUUCCAGCUGGGCGGAAGCGGACCCAGCUACAUCCUGUGGGUGGAGGAGGGCAGCAGCGCCCACCUGGCCGGGCUGCAGGCGGGGGACCAGGUCCUGGAGAUCGAGGGCCACAACGUGUCCACUUUGGCCCCGCAGGCCGUCAUCGCCAUCGCACAGACGCAGAAGAACAUCCCGCCCAGCAUCGGCGUGGUGUCCCGCAUCCAGCAGAUGGACAUCGUUCCGGGUCCAGACAGUCGUUUUGGCUUCACCAUCGUGGGAGACUGCCCCCUGCUGGUGGAGGACUGCUCACCGUGCUCCCCCGCCGGUCGGGCCGGGCUGCGGGCCGGAGACUUCGUCAUGGAGGUGAACGGGAUCCCCGUCAGGCACCACGAGAUGGCCGCCGCGCUCAUCAAGGCGUCGCAGGGCCGGACGCUGCGCCUGGGCGUGCUGAGCCUGGGGCCCCGGCACAAACGCAGCACCAGCCUGGAGGACGGCCCGGCGGGCGGCGAGUGGGCCCGGCUGGACCGCAAGCACAAGGCUCUGGAGUUCAACAUGAAGGUGGAGCAGCUGCUGGGCGAGGCCCCGGAGGUGAAGGAGAAGCUGUUCUCCGUGCUGAAGCAGUACGCGGCGGAGAAGAAGGUGGAGUGGCUGGCCUCGGUGCUGCCGGAGGUCCUGACCACCGCAGAGCAGCGGCAGCUCAUCUCCAGCAUCAGAAUCUUCGUCCCCAAGAAGCACCGGCAGCGUUUCGACGAGGCCGUCUCCCAGAACGUCAUCAACCGGCUCUGCCGCUCCAAGAGCAUCAGCGAGCCGCAGGGCCGCAUGCGCCGCAGCCGCAGUGAGGACCAGUCCGACCGCCGCCACGGCUCCAAGCGGGCCAGCUCCGUGCCCAGGGACGGCGGAGAACCAGAGAGGGAGCGGGGCGCCAGGAAGGCCGGGGGCCCCACGUACCCCCCGCUGGGGCCCAACCAGAGGGUGAUCCGAGUCUACAGAGGGAAGAAGAGCUUCGGCUUCACGCUGCGAGGCCACGCCCCCGUCUGCAUCGACUCCGUCAUCCCAGACAGCCCUGCUGAGGAGUGUGGCCUGAAACCCGGUGACCGCAUCCUGUUCCUGAACGGCCUGGACAUGAGGAACUGCUCCCACGAGAAGGUGGUGUCCAUGCUGCAGGGCAGCGGGGCGGUGCCCACCCUGCUGGUGGAGGACGGCCCGUCAGACUUCUCUUCGGACCAGACCGACCCAGAAGAAUCCCCCAGUCUGGCUCCCGCCAUGGUUCCCCGCUCCAGGUCCCCGGCGCUCAGCUCCCUGCAGUGGGUGGCAGAGAUCCUCCCUCCCAGCAUUAAGGUUCAGGGUCGGACCUUCAGCCAGCAGCUGGAGCAUCUGCUGACCAUCCAGGAGCGCUACACCGUCUGCAAGGCCCUGGAGACUUUCUUCCAGCACAGGAACCUGGACAGCCUGAUAGUGGACAUCUUCCCGGUGCUGGACACUCCGGCCAAGCAGCUGAUCUGGCAGUUCAUCCACCAGCUGCUGACCUACGACGAGCAGGAGCGCUGCCAGAACAAGCUGUCUCGCUUCCUGGGCUUCAAGAGCAGCGUGCUGCUGGAUCCUGACUGCGCUCCAGAGCACCACAAACGCAGCAGCUCCAUGCGGGUGACCGGAUCGUCGUAUCGCAGCUGCGUCAGGGAGAGGAGUUCUGACGACUGCAUCAUCGGGACUCACCUGGGAAUGGGAAUUCAUGUGGAUGAAUGUGGGAGCCCGGAGGAGAGGCAGUCUGGAGACGGGACCUCCUUCCCCGAGUCCCCGGACCUCAGCCAUAUGACAGGUGUGUACACGGAGCUGGAGAACCUGUACGCAGGGAAGAGCGUGUCGCCCACAGAGCCGGAGGCAGCGGGACAGACCGAGGCCUACAGCCGCUCUCUGUCCCCCCUCACUCUGCCCCCGCUCACAGGCAGCAGGAAGUCGGGUCUGUCCCUGUCCUGGAAGGAGCCGCUCCCCUCCGCCAUCUACCAGGUGCAGCACCAGAGCAGCGUGGAGUCCAACCCCUACGUCAGCCUGGAGAGCCCCCCCGCCUCGCCGCCGCGCCCCGCCAGCGGCCCCAGCACGCUGACCCGCCGCAGGAAGUUAUUCACCUUCUCCAGGCCGCCCCGCAGCCGCGACACCGACAAGUUCCUGGACGCUCUGAGCGAGCAGCUGGGCCACCGGGUCACCCUGGUGGACGACAACGACUACGAGGAGAUUGAUGAAGGUGAUUGUCAUGGUUACAGAGGAAGAGGGUUGUCUGUAAGUAAAACCUGUUUCUCAGUAGCAGCUGAAACUUUUAAACACAUCAGCAGGGAUCAGGCACAACAUUAUGACCAGAGGCUUUCCAUCAUGGCUGCCGUUAGUGUGAAGCAGCAGGUCAGAGCUGAUAAACCUCUGACCUCUCCCUCCUUGCAGAUGAGCUUCCCAGAGGAAGUGGGCGUGGCCUUCCGGCCGCGGCGCCUCAGCAGCGGCAGCAGCGCGGAGCGCAGCAGCAGCAGCGGCGACGAGGACGCCCCCUCUCCCUCGUCCUCCUCCGGGUCGGAGCCCAUCCCCCCCCCGCCCGACCAGAGCCCCCCACCUCCCCCGCCCCUCCAGGCGCUGAUCCCGCCCCCCGUCCAGUUCACUGACCCGCUGCCGCCGGCGCGGUUCUCCCCGGAGCGCGGCCCCCGCAGCCGCGCCCCCUUCCAGCCGCAGCACCCCAUCAUCCCGCCGCCGCCGCCGCCCCCCCGCACGCUGCUGGCCGCGCGCUCGCCGCUGCUCAAGCCCACCAGGGAGGAGGUGGAGAAGGCCCGGCAGCGGUUCCGCUCCUCGUCCAGCCGCUUCUCGCAGGGCGCCGCCCCGACCUGCUGCACGCUGCACGCCGCCCCCCCCCCGCAGCACCCACCUGCCCGCCAGCUCAGCCAGCCGCAGCCCGCCCCCCAGGCCUCCCCCCUGCCGCUCCGGCCCAGCCAGCUGGUGCUGCAGCGCCACCAUCAGCUGCACCACCAGCACAGCUACCAGGGCCCGCUGCCCCCCUCCCUGCAGAACCAGAACCAGAACUCCUCCCUCCCCACUCACACCGGCAGCUUUGACGCCCCCCCACCGGAGCCGCAGUCCCAGCAGGCUCCGCCUCCUCCGCCCCCUCCCCUCCCACCGCCCUGUGACCCCCCCCCGCUGCCAGCGGGCCAGCAGCCGUCCGACGCCAACCACAUGAGCGUGAAGCGUCUGCGCUGGGAGCAGGUGGAGAACUCGGAGGGAACCAUCUGGGGUCAGCUCAGAGAAGACUCGGACUACGAUAAGCUCAGUGACAUGGUGAAGUACUUGGACCUGGACCUGCACUUUGGGACUCAGCGCCGACCCAAACCGGCAUUCCUGCCAGAGAACCUGAAGAAGAAAGACGUGGUGGAGAUCCUGUCCCACAAGAAGGCCUACAACGCCUCCAUCCUCAUGGCCCACCUGAAGCUGUCUCCUGACGAGCUGCGCCAGGUUCUGUUGGACCUGAGCACGGACCGGCUGGAACCGGCCCACAUCAAGCAGCUGCUGCUCUACGCGCCCGACCAGGACGAGGUCCAGCAGUACCAGCGCUUCCAGCAGGACCCGGCCAAGCUCAGCGAGCCGGACCAGUUCAUCUACCAGAUGCUGACGGUUCCGGAGUACAAGACCCGGCUGCGCAGCCUCCUGUUCAAAACCACGCUGCAGGAGCGGGCCGAGGAGAUGAAGGCGGCCUUUGACUACAUCUACAAGGCCUCGGCGGAGCUGAAGGGCAGCAGGAAGCUGGCCAAGAUCCUGGAGUUUGUCCUGGCGAUGGGAAACUACCUGAACAACGGUCAGCCUAAGAGCCACAGAACCACGAGCUUCAAGAUCAACUUCCUGACGGAGUUAAGCACGACGAAGACUGUCGAUGGAAAAUCCACCUUUCUUCACAUUCUGGCCAAGUCGCUGAGUCAGCACUUCCCCGAGCUGCUGAGCUUCCCCAGAGAGCUGCCGACGGUUCCUCUGGCCGCUAAAGUCAACCAGAGGGCCGUCACCACAGAGCUGAGCGAGCUUCACGCCGCGGCCCAGGACAUCCGGACGGCCUGCCAGACGCUCCCGGCGACGGCCGACGAUCACUUCGCUUCUGUCAUGAGCAGUUUUCUGGAGAACAGCCACCCGGCCCUGCAGUCCCUGGAGUCCCUCCAGUCCCGGGCCAUGGCCGAGUUCUCCAAGGUGGCGUCCUUCUUCGGGGAGGACAGCCGGUCCACCAGCACCGACUCCUUCUUCGCCAUCUUUGCAGAGUUCAUGUCCAAGUUUGAGAGAGCGCUGAGUGAGACCCAGAGUUCUGAGAACCCCCGCAGCCCCCGACUGUCCUCCCCCAUGGCCUGGUAGGAGCCGCCGGGCCGACCGGACCGGACCGGAUCAGAACUGGAUCAGGUGUUAGAUUAGGUGCUGAAACAGACAGAACAUUGCUAUCUCUGUAAGAAGGAGAAUAUUUAUUGUCAUUAUUAAUAAUAUUAUUAAUAAUAUUAUUAUUGCUAAUAUUAUGAUAAUAUUGUAAAUAUUAAGUUUUCACGUUAAAUAUCCUGACGUUAAUAUCUGAUAUUCUGUUUGUUCUGCAGCUCCAGUAAAUUUAUGUUUUCACUUCUGGAGAUUAUUUUUCAUCUGAGCUGAAGCAUAGAUUUUACCAGAUAGAUUGGAUCAGUUUUCUGGAGGAGCUGCGGUCCAGAUUUACUCCAGAUGAUUCUAGAUUUAAUCUGACAUCAGGGACGAUCAGACGGAGAGCGAAGUGAAUAUUUAUUACGUAAAAAUGCUUUUAUUUUUUAAGAAGCCGAUAUGAAGAAAUUUCUGAUCUGAUAAACGUUUUUCAUCACUUCAGUCUGCGAUCCGAUAAAAUCCGUUCUGAUCCGUUAGCCUCAGUUUGGCUUCAGGUUAUUAAUAAACUGAGUCCAGAUAUUUGCCGCUGCUUGCUGGUUUACCUGGUAACCAUGGCGACCCGUCCUGUUCAGUCUCUUUCUGAUCUUUCUAUGCAUCCUGCUUGUUGGCUCCGCCCCAAAAAUCCGUUUAUUUUCUUAUGAAACUUUUUCUUGUUCUGCGGCUUCGGUGAGGCGACGCGGCGCAGCGGCAUGACGUCACUUCCUGUUGGGAUGUGCAGCUGGUAGCAUAUCUCUAGUUCCAGUAAGGUUCUGUUCUGGUUCUGUGGUUCUCAAAGCUUUUCUGCUUUAAAUAAACUUCAUGUUUUGGA